AUGACGUCUAUUGAAAAACUCUUGAUAACUGGCAGUAAGUUCAAUGGAACUACAGAUGUAGUGAACUUCUUGACUUGGGCGUCGUCUGUAAAGUUGGAGUUACAAGAUAACUCUGAUGGAGCUUUCGAGGCCGUUGAUGACAUUGAUGGACUCAACGCAAUUGGGGUUGCACGACCUGUUCCGACGGAGUCAGCUCCGUUGGAGUCAGUAGAAUACAAGGAGAUGUUAAAGGCUUGGAACAAGAUGAAUAUCAAAGCUAAAGCUAUCAUCACCAAACGUCUUGAUGAACGUGGUCCUGCUUAUGCAUACGUAUGUAACAUGGAUUAUGCACGUGACAUGUGGAAGGCCUUGAAUGAAAUGUAUAUGUCCAAAGAUAUCAAUGGUUUUUACAAGUAUCUUGUAACUUUGAUGGGGGCUCGGCGCGGCUCUGAUGAGUCCGUUGCCUUGUACUAUCAAAAGUUUAGUAGGGACUAUAUGAACGUUAAAUCUGUAAUCACUACACUGGCCAAAGAUGGUACCUCUGCCAUGUCAUCAAAUGCUACUACCACUACUGCCGUAGACUUCUAUGCUUUAGAUCUUAUGGCAAGUGUCAUGUUCAUGAACCAGAUAGGCUCUGAAUAUGAUGUAUGGCGUCAAACUACUGUCUCAACCAUUGGUGUAAAAGAUCUAUCUCUUCGUAAAUUGUAUGAGUCUGCUGUAGCUGCUGAAGGGAUGAAGUCAUCUGCUGCUGCUGCAGAUGCUGCUCAGGCAUACUACGCUAAUGAGGACAAGAAAGGCAAUAACAAUAGCAAUGUCAAACUAAAUCGUGCUGGGCAACCACGUCAGAUUCCUGGUAGUACUGGAUUUAAGGGAUGCUUCAACUGCAACAAGCCUGAUCAUCUGGCCAAGGAUUGUCCAGAUCCGCCAAGAAACCAACGUAAUGCUGAUGCCAGAGAAGCGGCUCGUCCAAAGGGUGACUAUAAUAAUAGUAACAAAAAGAAUAGUCAACAAAAUGCCAAAAAGGAAUCUGGUAAUGUAGCUGCUGAACUCCUUGAAUUUGAUGAUGAGAUUAUCUUGAUGGCAUCUGCUGGAGGUGUGGUACCUCGCUGGAUCUUAGAUAGUGGUGCUACAAGCCAUAUGGUUGGGAAUCGUGACAUCUUGACUGGAGUCACUCCUAUUGAUCCUCGUCCCAUUGGCGGAAUUGGAGGUCAUUCCUUAGUAGCCAUUGGUAUUGGGAGCCUGGAUUGUAUUUUAGGUGGAGAGUUAAUAACUCUUAAGGAUGUGUUAUUUGUCCCAAAGCUUACUCAUCAAUUGGUCUCCGUUGCCAAGUUGAUGCAGGAUGGUAAAGAUAUAGUAUUCAAAGAAAAUAGUGUCGUAUAUGGAGGGAAUGUCAUUGCACGUAUGCAGAAUAGUCUGUUUGACUUGGAUAUCACUCUGAUUGAUCAUGCAAUGAUUGCCUCAGUCGAUAAUCCUGAUAUCUGGCAUCGACGACUGGGCCAUGCUGGAAUUAGUGCAGUAAAUUUGGUCCGUAAAUACCAGAUGGCUGAGGGAAUAAACUCUGAAAUGUCUGCCUACCACUCGUGUGAUUGUUGCAUAUUAGGAAAAUCCACUCGUCCAUCAUUUGAUUACAGGCCACCGAAACGUAAAGCCAAACCAUUUGCUCUGGUGCACACCGAUCUUGCUGGUCCUGUCAAGCCUGAAUCGUAUAGCAAGAAGAAAUAUGUCAUGACAAUUGUGGAUGACUGUACGAGAUAUGUAUGGAUCUAUUUCUUACGAGAAAAGAGUGAAGCUACAUCCAAAUUCCAAGAAUGGUUGGCUAUGGUCGACAAUCAAUUUGGAUAUGGAAGGGUUAAAGCCUUGCACUCCGAUGGUGGUGGUGAAUAUCUGAACAACACUAUGGAUACUCUUCUCAAGGCACGUGGCAUAGAACACUUGACGACUUGCCCACAUACACCUCAGCAAAAUGGUAUUGCUGAACGAUUCAAUGGUACCUUAUUCAACAAGGUUAGGUGCAUGCUCCUUGAUGGCAAUGUAGCAAAAAUCUGGUGGGCAGAAGCUGCAUCAACUGCAGCAUAUAUUCACAAUCGUCUGCCUACUAAAGUAUUGAAGGAUCAUACACCAUAUCAGGCUCUCUUAGGAGAAAAGCCUGACAUAAGCCAUAUGAGAGUCUUUGGUUGUGUAGUCUACUGCCAUGUAUCGGAAUACCAUAUCAAACUUGAUGACACUGCAGUGAAAUGUAUAUUCUGUCCGUGCGUGACGUAG